UAUAUUUGAGAUUUGGGACUGUUCGAAGACUCGAGCAAGAGAUGGGUUGUUUGGGAAUCAAUCUCAUCAAAUUCAGGCUCCAGCAGGGAAGAAAACUCAUGAGGAGGUGUGGGCUGCAGCAAAAGCAAGUGAAGAUAGAAGCUGGCAACACUACCUUGGAUUGCUGGGUUCCUUCAGCAGCAAAAGAGGGGAGGCCUGCACUACUCUUGCUCCAUGGCUUUGUUUUCAACGCACUCCUCGAGUGGGAAAACCAGCUGCUGGCUUUCACGGAGAAGUUCAACGUCUACGUCCCGAACUUACUCUUCUUUGGGGAAUCUACGACCGAGUCGGGCGAAAGAAGCGAGAUUUUCCAAGCCCAGUGUAUGAAGCUGAUGCUGGACGAGCUCCAAGUUCUGGACAGGGUUCACGCUCUCGGGACGAGCUACGGAGGAAUGGUGGCGUUCUGGAUGGCGCAUCUGUACCCAGAGAGGAUCGCUAGAGUGGUGCUGGCGAGCUCCGGGGUUGCGAUGGAUCACGGUGACUCGCAGCGAAUGUUGGAGAGAUUUGGAGGUGGCGUCGCUCAUCCGGCCGAUGUCUUGAUGCCGAGAAGCGUUCAAGUUGCUCGCAAGACUAUGGAGUUUGCAACUCAGAAGAAGCUGGCUCUUGUUCCAGACUGCCUGGUGGAAGAUAUCAUAGAAGAGGUUCUCUGCUACAAUCGGGAGCACCGGCUUGAGCUGCUGGAUGGCAUGGCGAUUGGAUCGGUCGAAAACCCACCAGUGGUUCCUCAACUCGUUCAGGACGUGCUCAUUCUGUGGGGGGAGAAUGAUCAAAUCUUUACUGUGGACCUUGCUCACCGUUUGCAGAGGCAUCUGAGUGAUUCCAAACUGGAGAUCAUCCCUGGAGCAGCGCACGCUCCUCAAGUUGACAAUCCUAAAGCUUUCAAUGGUAUAGUUGUUAAAUUCUUGUACGAGAAUUGAAGGAGAAAAUUUUAUAAAUCAAAACGACCUGACAAA